GUCGUGCCCAUAUUUUCUUCCAACUUUAACUUUAGCAAUUCCUUGCAGCCGCCAAUCGCUCGUUCAAAUCAACGCUGCCUUCUUUCCCAACCCACCUGUCUCCCGAAAAACAACGUUAAACGCUCCUAAAUCUAUUCGUCGUUAACUUUCGCAAACUUCCGACCGUCUCAUGGCCGACGUCUCAGAAACAGCCAAGAUGGAGGAGGAGGAGGAGAAGCACGCGUAUUCGGUGUGGGCGCUCCCACCGGACGACGUGGAAGCCAGGCUGAAGAAGCUGAUGGACGGCCUAAGAUCCGAUUUCGGCGGGCCCCACUUCGAGCCCCACAUCACGGUCGUGGGGGCCAUCAGUUUGACGCCGGACGACGCGCUUCGCAGGUUCAGAUCAGCGUGCGAGGGCCUCAAGGCCUACGCUGCCUCCGUGGAUCGUGUGGCCACGGGGACCUUCCCUUCUCAGUGUGUCUUUCUCCUCUUCCAUCCAACGGCUGAGGUAGUGGAAACUGCUGCCCAUUGCAGGGGGCAUUUUGGAUACAAGAAUUCUGCUCCUUACAUGCCACAUUUGAGCCUCCUUUACGGGGAUCUGACAGAUGAAGAGAAGAAGAAAGCUAAAGAAAAAGCUAUUAUCCUUGAUGAAAGCAUUAGCAGCCUGAGCUUCCAAGUUACUCGCCUUGCAUUAUACAAAACAGACCCUGAAGACAAAACUCUCAAAUCCUGGGAGAAAAUUGCCGAAUGCAGCCUUACCUCAAACUAGCUUCUUCUUCUUCUUCUUGCUUUUGACUUGUAAUAAGAAUCUUGGUGUUCCUCUGCUUCUUUUUUUUUUUUUGUUGGAUGAAUUAAAACUUUUAUAGACCAAACUCAAUCAAUGACAAUCCCUCCAGUAAACACUGGAUUCAAAAUUCCCAAUU